GAUGUUGUUGUGAGUCCGAGAGACACGUGAGGUUCUGCUACGUCAUCACCAGGCACGCGCGGGGAACAUGGCGGCGGCGGGCGUUGUGAGCGGGAAGAUUAUAUAUGAACAAGAAGGGGUAUAUAUUCACUCAGCUUGCGGAAAGGCAAAUGACCAAGACAGCUUAAUUUCAGGAAUAUUGCGUGUUUUAGAAAAGGAUGCUGAAGUAAUAGUGGACUGGAGACCAUUGGAUGAUGCAUUAGAUUCUUCUAGUAUUCUAUAUGCUGGAAAGGACUCCAGUUCAGUUGUGGAGUGGACUCAGGCUCCGAAAGAAAGAGCUCCUCGAGGAUCGGAACACCAGAACAGUUAUGAAGCAGAGUGGGACAUGGUUAAUACUGUGUCAUUUAAGAAGAAACCACAUACCAAUGGAGAUGCUCCAAGCCAUAGAAAUGGGAAGAGCAAAUGGUCAUUCCUGUUCAGUUUGGCAGACCUGAAAUCAGUCAAGCAAAGCAAAGAGGGUAUGGGCUGGUCGUAUUUGGUCUUCUGUCUAAAGGAUGAUGUCGUGCUUCCUGCUCUGCACUUCCAUCAAGGAGAUAGCAAACUACUCAUCGAGUCUCUUGAGAAAUAUGUGGUAUUGUGUGAGUCAUCACAAGAUAGUAGAACACUUCUUGUCAAUUGUCAGAAUAAGAGUCUUUCACAGUCUUUUGAAAAUCUUCUUGAUGAACCAGCAUAUGGCUUAAUACAAAAAAUUAAAAAGGAUCCUUAUACAGCAACCAUGGUAGGAUUUUCCAAAGUUACAAACUACAUUUUUGAUAGUUUGCGAGGCAGCGAUCCCUCUACACAUCAACGACCACCUUCAGAAAUGGCGGAUUUUCUUAGUGAUGCUAUUCCAGGUCUAAAGAUAAAUCAGCAAGAAGAACCAGGAUUUGAAGUCAUCACAAGAAUUGAUUUGGGAGAGCGACCUGUUGUUCAAAGGCGGGAACCAGUGACCCUGGAAGAAUGGACCAAGAGCCUUGACUCUGAAGGAAGACUCCUGAACGUAGAGAGCAUGAAGCAGAUGAUAUUCAGAGGGGGUCUUAGUCAUUCAUUAAGAAAGCAAGCAUGGAAGUUUCUCCUGGGAUAUUUUCCUUGGGAUAGUACCAAAGAGGAAAGAACUCAAUUACAAAAACAGAAAACUGAUGAGUACUUCAGGAUGAAACUACAGUGGAAGUCUGUCAGCGAGGCCCAGGAGAAGAGAAACUCACGCUUGAGAGACUAUAGAAGUCUGAUUGAGAAAGAUGUCAACAGAACAGAUCGGACAAACAAGUUUUAUGAAGGCCAAGGUAACCCAGGGUUGAUUCUGCUUCACGACAUUCUGAUGACCUACUGCAUGUAUGACUUUGACUUAGGUUAUGUACAAGGAAUGAGCGACUUACUCUCCCCCCUGCUGUAUGUGAUGGAGAACGAAGUGGAUGCCUUCUGGUGCUUUGCCUCUUACAUGGACCAGAUGCAUCAAAAUUUUGAAGAACAAAUGCAAGGCAUGAAGACCCAGUUAAUCCAGCUGAGCACCUUACUCAGAUUGUUGGACAGUGGAUUUUGUAGCUAUUUAGAAUCCCAGGACUCUGGAUAUCUGUAUUUUUGCUUCAGAUGGCUUUUAAUCAGAUUUAAAAGGGAAUUUAGUUUUCUAGAUAUACUUCGAUUAUGGGAGGUAAUGUGGACUGAACUGCCCUGUAAGAAUUUUCAUCUUCUUCUGUGUUGUGCUAUCCUGGAAUCAGAAAAGCAACAGAUAAUGGAAAAGCACUACGGCUUCAAUGAGAUCCUUAAGCACAUCAAUGAAUUAUCCAUGAAAAUUGAUGUGGAAGAUAUACUGUGUAAAGCAGAAGCAAUUUCCCUACAGAUGGCACAAUGCAAGGAAUUGCCACAAGCAGUUUGUGAGAUCCUGGGACUUCAGGACAGUGCAAUUACAACACCAGAUUCUGACACUGAUGAAAAUGUUGGCAGCCCUUGUCCCAUGUCUGCAUUUCCAAGUAGCACCUUGCCCAUCCUUGGAGCCAGUGAAGAAACUUUAGUUUUGGUUAAUAGAGAUUCAACCUUUUUCAGCAGUCCUUUUGGGAGAGUGAUGGUUAUGGAGCCUUGA